CUGUCUGUGUGUGAGUGCAGGCAGGCUGACAAUGAUUUCCUCAGUGAUUACGUACAGAGCGAGUCCCUGCGGGUUAGGGGCCCCCUCUGGAGCCAUCCUGAUGGCUUUGGGGGCCUUGCUUCCAUUUUCCAUUAUUAUGUGGACUACCGGAGCGACAGCGCAGUCCAAGACCUUGCAGUAGAAGAAAAUGAAUCUGAGGACCAGGGAGGUGUGGGACAGUCAGCUGCACAAACAGAUCUGAACUGUAAACUAGAAGACAAGGGAGAAGAUGGAGACCUGAUAGAUUGUAAGAAGGGACCAGAAGAAGGGGAGGAGUUAGAUGAAGAAGCUGUGCACAGCUGUGACAGCUGCCUCCAGGUGUUCGAGUCACUGAGUGAUAUCACAGAGCACAAGAUUAAUCAAUGUCAACUGACAGAUGGAGUAGACAUUGAGGAUGAUCCUUCUUGCUCAUGGCCAGCUUCUUCACCUUCCAGCAAAGACCAGACUUCCCCAAGCCACGGAGACGGUUGUGAUUUUGGUGAAGAAGAAGGUGGCCCAGGAUUGCCCUAUCCAUGCCAGUUUUGUGACAAGUCGUUUAGCCGCCUCAGCUAUUUAAAGCACCACGAACAAAGCCACAGCGACAAGCUCCCCUUCAAAUGCACAUACUGCAGCCGUCUCUUCAAACACAAGAGGAGCCGGGAUCGCCACAUCAAACUUCACACAGGAGACAAGAAGUACCACUGCAGUGAGUGUGAUGCAGCUUUCUCAAGAAGCGAUCAUCUUAAAAUUCACUUAAAGACUCAUACCUCUAACAAGCCAUAUAAGUGUGCCAUUUGUCGGCGUGGAUUCCUCUCCUCUAGUUCACUCCAUGGACACAUGCAAGUCCAUGAGAGGAACAAAGAUGGUUCUCAGUCUGCUUCCCGGAUGGAGGAUUGGAAAAUGAAGGACACUCAGAAGUGUAGUCAGUGCGAAGAAGGCUUUGAUUUUCCUGAAGAUCUUCAGAAGCACAUAGCAGAAUGCCACCCUGAGUGUUCCCCAAAUGAAGACAGGGCUGCUCUUCAGUGUGUUUACUGCCAUGAACUCUUUGUAGAGGAAAAUUCACUUGUAAACCACAUGGAGCAGGCUCAUAAUGGAGCAGAAAAGAAAAAUAUGUGCAGUAUUUGUUCAGAGAACUUUCAUACUGUCGAAGAACUGUACAGUCACAUGGAUAGUCACCAGCAGCCCGAAUCGUGCAACCAUAGCAACAGCCCCUCUUUAGUAACUGUUGGCUAUACCUCAGUAUCUAGCACUACACCUGAUUCAAACCUCUCAGUGGACAGUUCAACUAUGGUAGAAACAGCUCCCCCGAUAACAAAAGGCCGUGGAAGAAAACGAGCAGCCCAGCAAGUAGCAGAUAUAACUGGGCCUUCAAGCAAGCAAGCCAAGGUUACCUACAGCUGCAUUUAUUGCAACAAGCAGUUAUUUUCAAGCCUUGCAGUACUACAGAUACACCUGAAAACUAUGCAUUUAGAUAAACCUGAACAAGCCCAUAUUUGUCAGUAUUGUCUAGAAGUGUUACCUUCGCUUUACAAUCUGAAUGAGCAUCUUAAGCAAAUACAUGAAGCCCCCGAUCCUGCACUGAUUGUUUCUACCAUGCCUACUAUGAUAUACCAGUGUAAUUUCUGUUCAGAAGUUUUCAAUGACCUCAACACCCUUCAGGAACAUAUUCGAUGUACUCAUGGAUUUGCAAAUCCAGCUGCUAAGGACAGUAAUGCAUUCUUUUGUCCUCAUUGCUACAUGGGGUUUCUUACUGAUUCUUCCUUGGAAGAGCAUAUUAGACAAGUCCAUUGUGAUCUCAGCAGUUCCCGUUUCGGUUCCCCUGUGCUAGGCACCCCUAAGGAUCCAGUUGUGGAAGUAUAUUCUUGUUCUUAUUGUACGAAUUCUCCAAUAUUUAAUAGUGUUCUUAAACUGAAUAAGCAUAUAAAGGAGAAUCAUAAGAACAUUCCAUUAGCGCUAAACUACAUUCAUAAUGGAAAGAAAUCAAGAGCCAUGAGUCCUUUAUCUCCUGUGACUCUCGAGCAGAGUUCAUUAAAGAUGAUGCAGGCUGUCGGUGGUGCCCCUCCACGCCCUGCUGGAGAAUAUAUUUGCAAUCAAUGCGGUGCUAAAUACACUUCACUGGAUGGUUUUCAGACUCACUUAAAAACACAUCUGGACACUGUCCUUCCGAAACUGACCUGUCCUCAGUGCAACAAGGAGUUUCCAAACCAAGAAUCCCUGUUGAAGCAUGUGACCAUCCAUUUCAUGAUAACCUCCACUUACUACAUCUGUGAAAGUUGUGAUAAACAGUUUACUUCAGUGGACGAUUUGCAGAAACACUUACUUGAUAUGCAUACUUUUGUAUUUUUCCGUUGCACUUUGUGCCAAGAGGUAUUUGAUUCUAAAGUCUCCAUUCAGCUGCACCUGGCUGUGAAGCACAGCAAUGAAAAGAAGGUAUACAGGUGCACCUCUUGUAACUGGGAUUUCCGCAAUGAGACAGAUCUGCAGCUCCAUGUUAAACACAAUCAUCUGGAAAACCAAGGAAAAGUUCACAAAUGUAUUUUUUGUGGUGAGUCGUUUGGUACUGAGGUGGAGCUUCAGUGCCACAUUACCACCCACAGCAAAAAAUACAACUGCAAGUUUUGCAGCAAAGCCUUCCAUGCUAUCAUAUUGUUGGAAAAGCACCUGAGGGAAAAACAUUGUGUUUUUGAAACAAAAACUCCCAACUGUGGAACCAAUGGAGCACCUGAGCCGGUUCAGAAAGAAGAAGUAGAGCUGCAGACCUUGCUGACCAACAGCCAGGAAUCACACAACAGCCAUGAUGGUAGUGAAGAAGAUGUGGAUACCUCUGAGCCUAUGUACGGAUGUGACAUUUGUGGAGCAGCCUAUACAAUGGAGUCACUUUUGCAGAAUCACCAGCUUAGAGAUCACAACAUCCGACCUGGAGAAAGUGCUAUAGUCAAGAAGAAAGCAGAGCUCAUUAAAGGGAACUACAAGUGUAAUGUGUGCUCUCGGACGUUCUUCUCUGAAAAUGGACUCCGUGAACACAUGCAAACCCAUUUGGGUCCAGUGAAACACUAUAUGUGUCCAAUAUGUGGUGAGAGAUUUCCUUCUCUUCUUACUCUCACUGAACAUAAGGUCACACAUAGCAAGAGCCUAGACACUGGGAACUGCAGGAUUUGCAAAAUGCCACUCCAGAGUGAGGAAGAAUUCUUGGAGCAUUGUCAGAUGCACCCUGAUUUACGAAAUUCCUUAACAGGAUUCCGCUGUGUCGUGUGCAUGCAAACAGUGACUUCGACUUUGGAGUUGAAGAUUCAUGGGACAUUCCACAUGCAGAAGACGGGCAACAGUUCCACAAUGCAGGCAACAGGGCGAGUGCAGCAUCUUCAGAAACUGUACAAAUGUGCAUCUUGCCUGAAGGAAUUCCGUUCAAAGCAGGAUUUGGUGAAACUUGACAUCAAUGGCCUACCAUAUGGUCUGUGUGCUGCCUGUGUUAAUCUCAGCAAAAGUGGGAGUCCAAGUGUCAACAUCCCUUCGAGCAGUAACAGACAAGGCAUGGGCCAGAAUGAGAACUUGAGUUCCACUGAGAGCAAAAAUAAAGCAGGAGGGUUGAAGACUCGCUGUUCAAGUUGCAAUGUUAAAUUUGAAUCAGAAAGUGAACUUCAGAACCACAUCCAAUCAGUCCAUAGAGAACUCCUUCCAGACAGCAAUAGCACGCAUCUGAAAACACCACAGGUAUCACCAAUGCCCCGAAUUAGCCCAUCACAAUCUGAAGAGAAGAAGACCUACCAGUGCAUCAAGUGCCAGAUGGUUUUCUACAAUGAGUGGGAUAUCCAGGUUCAUGUUGCAAACCACAUGAUUGAACUCGAUGGUAGAUAUACCAGUACUUCCACCAGUUCCAGAAGUCCCAGACGGUUGGGCAAUACUAAUGAAGGACUAAACCAUGAAUGCAAGCUGUGCAACCAGACAUUUGAUUCUCCUGCCAAACUUCAAUGUCAUCUGAUAGAACACAGUUUUGAAGGAAUGGGGGGAACCUUCAAAUGUCCAGUCUGUUUUACAGUAUUCGUCCAAGCCAACAAGUUGCAGCAACACAUUUUUUCGGCCCAUGGGCAAGAAGACAAGAUCUAUGACUGCACACAGUGCCCACAGAAAUUCUUCUUCCAAACAGAACUGCAGAAUCAUACAAUGACCCAGCAUAGCAGUUAGUGCAAGGCCCAGUUCAUCGGGAGAGGAUUCUUUGCAGGACACACACACACAUGAAAAAGGGAACAUGUUUUAAUCUUUGCACGAGACUUUCAUUGUUAAUGUAUAUUAUUCAGAAACAUUGUAUUGUACCAUACAACUUGUAUUAUCAAAACCGUUGGAUGUUCAUGUGUUUGAACUUUUGAGCACCAGAGAGACUUCCUGUAUAUAAAGUGUUGCACAUGUAUUAUGUUGUCUGAUACUAAAAUGGUCUUAUAAAGACAAGUGGACUUGGGCCCUAUUCAAGCAGGAUUAAGGAAUAAUGAUAAUAAUGGCAUAUAAUGGAAAUAAUGGCUUAAGGAAAUGAUAUUUUAAAGAAAGAGGGGGGAAAGAAAUCACAGUGAUACCUUACAACCCUAUUUGGCCUUCCUUUCAUUCUCGCUUAUGUCUACAAUCUCUCUCUUUUGGUAUACAACGGAUGAAUUCAAGAGUAUUUUUAUUGCUGAAAAUUCUUGCCAAAAAAAAAAAAAAAACACCUUUCCAAGCAGAAUCCCCCAGCUGAAUAUGGCCUGUAUAUAUAUUUGUAAGCCUUGCGAUAUGACAGAUAGCAUUACCAUAUAUGCAAUAGUUGUUAUGUAGAUUGUCAAAGAAUUUUUUUUCCUGGAUACCAUUUGAAGCUUUUGAGUGUUCAAGACUUUUCCUUAAUGAUGUCACAUGGCCAAAUUUUUGAAUCAGUUGAACUAACCUGUAUGUUACUGUUAUUAAUGUUUACUCUGCAGUCUGAACCUGGAGAUUACUGGAAUGGUUUUCCAAAAGGAAAUAAAUUCAGUUUACCAUUA